CGUUCAACUAAAAUGUUGUAUUAUUUUGAAACAAAUAUGAACUUAUUAACUAAAUUGUUAAUUUUCGUGUCAAAAAACUGAACAAUUUCAUUUAAUUCUUCUAAUGUUGAUGAAUACAGUUUUAUUAUCAAUGAAUUCCAAUACACAUUUAAUAAUAAAAUGAAGAGAUAAUAAAUACGAAUUAUUUGUGAUAUCACUGUGGUUCGGAAAUAAAAAAAAUAACGAACACGUACGUCGUAGCAAUCAUCAUACGGACCGAACUGUUUUCAAGUCUGCUUAGUUAAAAAUACAUCCCUAGCAAUGGAUUAUAUUAUACAGCUGAUGAAGAAGACCGGAUUGAAAAUUGUACCAUUUAUCAAAACUGUCGUUAUAUAUUUUAUGUUGCACACGUACAAAGCAGAAAAUCAUGGGCAGUUAUGGUCAACUGUUGUUAAAAUCUUACCAAUUAUCUCUUUAAUGAUUUUCGUAUGCCUCCAUGACACCAAGACUAAAAAAGGAAAACAUGGAAGUCAAUAUAUAUUAUUGGGACUGAUAUUUUCAUCGAUUGGAGACAUUUUGCUCAAUGUAGACUUAUUUCCAGAAGGAAUGGGCGCAUUUGCAGUCGCCCAAGCUUUUUACAUAACAUCAUUUGGUUUCAAACCAUUGAAAAUGCCAAUUGGCCUUGUAUUAUACACCGUUGGAGUUUUAGCCGUUUCAUUGUUCUAUAUGAAUUUGCCAACAAUAUUACAAAUGGGGCUUCCUAUUUAUGGGGUACUCUUGUUGACAAUGUGUUGGCGUGCUCUUGCACGAGCUACUGAUAAUCCAUGUGAUAUGAAAAACUUCCCAAAAUUGGCGUGUGCUCUUGGAGCCGUACUUUUUGUCAUAUCUGACUCGUUGAUUGCUUUUGAUAAAUUCUACAUUCCUUUGUCAUUUGCACAGUUAGCAAUCAUGAUAACUUAUUAUGCUGCCCAACUCGGUAUAACACUAAGUAUUGUUGAACUCGACUGUAAUAAAACCAAACAUGAUGCCAAGAAAAUUCACGUUAAGAACCAUAAACAGAAAGCACAAUAGGUUCUCUACUUGAGGAUGCCAAACUGGAAUCACAACCGGAUUUUAUUGUUACCAAAAAAAGACUUAAAUAUAGGAUUAAACAAAAUCCUUUCUGUACUUCUUGUCUCCAUUUAUAAAAAUAUUCGGAGUUAUAAAUAGAUGAUGUUGCAAAACUGAAAACAGAUUUUGAAUAUUUUAUAGGUGUUAGUUGCAAUAAAUUUUACAAAUCUAA